UUGGUAUAAUGCUCCCUCCACAGCAUAUGCCCUUGGAGUUGUUGCAUUUCCAUCUUUUAGGUUGGAUUUAAGACGCUUCACUGACUAACAACAAUAUACCAAACCAGAGCCGAAAAACACAGCAUAUAUAUAUGCAAACUCCAUGAUGUCUUUUGGCUACCCUGACCUCACAGAUACAUUCGUUCACAGUCCUUUCAGCCUCGAUGACUUCCACGCGACAGGAGCUGCCACCAACAUCGACUCGGCAAGAGGGAGUCCACACCACGGCGCAUCUUUUCAAAGUCUCGAUGUCACAAGAUGGCGAGGCCAGGAGUGCCUCGAGUGGGUCACAAGCAUCUGCCGCGAGCGAGGCAUUGACCGACACUCCGUCAAUUUGACAGCUUUCAGAGACGCAACCGGCGCCGUACUCAUGAAUCUUUCCAUGUACGAUUUCUGUAACUUCGACAACGUCUACGGAUCUCUGUUCUACAAGGAGUUUCAGCAAAUGUGCCGCGCGAAAAAUACAAGUAUCGUCGACAGCGACACCAGAUGGUCGCCAGACGACACACAAGUCUGUGAUGAUAGUGAGCCUCUACUCUUUCCCGAGGAUGACGAAUGGUGCCAAAAAUUUCCUUCAGACCCAAACGAAAAUCUGGAGGAAUUACUGAAGUUAAUAGACAGUUCAACCCUCUUCUGUGACUCCAACUUUCUGGAAGGGGAUCAACUCAGUUAUUACGAAACCACAGAAAGCGAGGGAGCGAGGGCAGCGAUAAAGGAAGAAGAAUCAUUCAGCUCUGAGUUCUAUAACGACAGAAGUCUCGACAUAGAUCCCAGCCUUUCCCCGCAGCCUCCCUGUGACGCCCUCGGGAAGAUCAGCACCAAAUCCAGGAAGAAGGUACGCGGCCCUAAGAACUGGGAGUUCAUGAUUCGUCUGCUGAUGGACAAGAGGUACAACCCAGAACUAAUCCGAUGGGAAGACGAGGCCGAAAAGACCUUCAGACUCGUCAGGCCAGACAUCAUUGCCCAGAUGUGGGGUAAGCGAGCGAACAAACGCUGUCUAUCCUACAACAACUUCGCACGAGGACUGAGGUACCAGUACACGACCGGAGCUCUCAAACCCGUUCCCGAGAAGCAGCUGGUGUAUAAGUGUGGACCGAAAGCUCUUCAGUUCUGGAGGGAAAUACAAGGAGAAAAAUCCUGACGGCUCCUGAAAAAAAGGACAAGAAAAGAAAAAAGAAAACUUUGUAUGCGGAAACAUAAUCGCCCUUCGAAUAAAAUAAACAAAGAUUAUCCCAUCCUCACUCCAUCUCUGUACAUCACUUAGCAUACAUUUAUCAUCAAUAUUUCAUAAUAUCCAUCAACAGUGCUAUCAUGCUGAAAUAAAGGCUGUACGAACCAUC